GCCCUCACAUACAACCGGGAGGCUCGCGUGUGUCUGUAUCUAGCACGGUUUACCACAUGUUGCGCUUCGACGCGAGGGGCGCAAGUCAGCCAGGAGCCCGGGCCAUCAGGAUAGACGGAAUCUCUCCCCUCGGCUCGGUCAGUUACGCGAUUGCUAGCGGACGAUUCGCGCGGCCGGUGCGCGUCCCGAGCUGCUGUUGCUGCUGCUGCUGCUGCUGCUGCUGCUACCGCUGCUACUGCUCUGUUGCUGCUGCUAUUGCUGUCGCUUGUGUCAUCCUGUAGUAGUACGAUCGAGUGCCUCGCAGCGGAGUUGAGCCGGGCCGAGCCGAUCAGCCUGCAUUCGAUCGGCGGAAAAGGGCUGCCAGGAGAGCUGCAAGGAGAGUGAUCGGGUGUGUGAUACUCGCGACUCGUUGCUGAAGAUGCUGGAGCAGUGAGCGCAACCGGUUUUCUCCACAAGGCUCGUGCGCUUCGCAGCGCGGUGGAGCGGCACCAAUGCCAGUCAGGAAGGGUCUCCUCGCGCCGCAGAACACUUUCUUGGAUACUAUCGCCACACGUUUCGAUGGAACCCACAGCAACUUUGUACUGGGAAAUGCGCAGGUGCCGUCGAUCUAUCCGAUCGUCUACUGCUCCGAUGGCUUCUGCGAGCUGACGGGAUUCGCGCGGGCGCAAAUCAUGCAGAAGGGUUGCGCCUGCAAGUUUCUCUACGGGCCGGAAACGAAGGAGGAAGAAAAGGCCAUGAUCGACAAGAGUCUAGAGAGCAAGACCGAACUAAAGAUGGAAGUAGUCUUCUACAAAAAGAACGGGAGCCCAUUCGAUUGCCUACUCGACAUUGUUCCGAUAAAAAACGAGAAGGGUGACGUCGUUCUGUUCCUGGCCUCGCACAAAGACAUCACGCAUACGAAGAACCUUCAGCUCUGUGAGUUGCACGAUAGUGACUCGAAUGGCAAUAUCGACCCUGAGGCACCGCCUUCCAAUUACGGUAGAAGAAGGAGUCGCGCCGUCCUUUAUCAACUGUCAGGCCAUUACAAGCAGGACAAUAAGCACAAAAUUAAGCUAAACAAUACGCUUCUGCAUUCCACUGCACCGCCUUUACCGGAAUACAAAACGUCAGCGAUCAAAAAGUCGCAAUUUAUUCUUAGCCAUUACGGCGGCUUCAAAUCCUGCUGGGACUGGUUGAUACUCAUCGCGACCUUUUACGUGGCAAUAAUCGUUCCCUAUAAUGCGAGCUUCAUCAACACCGAUAGGCCUACCAUGGUCAGUGACGUUGUCGUCGAAGCGCUCUUCAUUAUUGAUAUCGUUUUGAACUUCAGAACAACAUACGUGAGCAGAAAGGGCGAAGUAGUCAGCAAUAGCAAGAGCAUCGCCGUGAACUACGUGAAAAGUUGGUUCUUGGUCGACCUCGUGGCGGCAUUGCCAUUUGAUUUUCUCUAUGCCUCCGACGUUUACAGCGGCGAGUAUAAAAUAACGAACGCUCGCUCGGUUUCUACGGAGCAGGAAUCGGCGCACAGUAAUAUCCACCUGGUAAAACUGACGCGACUGCUGAGACUGGCGCGUCUCCUGCAAAAAAUGGACCGGUACUCGCAGUACAGCGCGGUCAUCUUGACGAUGCUUAUGCUGUUCUUCAUCCUGGUGGCGCACUGGUUGGCCUGCAUCUGGUACGUCAUCGCCGAGAAGGAGAGACUGCGGAACGACAAGGACUGGGAUCUGGGCUGGAUACACACCCUGGCCGAGCGGCUGAAGAUAUCCGUGCAGAACGUCACGCACACGGAGAGCUACAUCACGGCGCUGUAUUUCACGUGCAGCAGCCUGACUUCCGUAGGAUUCGGCAACGUUUCGGCGAAUACGUUCUCGGAGAAGUUCUUCUCCAUCUGCACGAUGCUGAUCGGCGCUCUCAUGCACGCGGUGGUAUUCGGCAACGUCACCGCGAUCAUUCAAAGAAUGUAUUCGAGACGAUCGCUGUACCAGACGAAGCUGCGCGAUCUCAAGGACUUCCUGGUGCUCCACCAGAUCCCGGAGGAGCUGAAGCAACGGAUGCAGGAUUACUUUCAGACCAUGUGGUCACUGAAUCACGGUAUCGACGUGCACGAGACGCUGAAGCAAUUUCCCGAGGAGCUGCGCGGCGACGUCUCGAUGCAUCUACACCGGGAGAUCCUGAGCCUGCCGAUAUUCGAGGCCGCGUCUCAGGGCUGCCUGAAACUGCUGUCUCUCCAUAUCAGAAACAACUUCUGCGCUCCGGGCGAGUUUCUCGUGCACAAAGGCGACGCUCUCUCCUACAUCUACUACUUAUGCAACGGUUCCAUGGAGGUAGUGCAGAACAGCAUGGUGGUCGCGAUCCUCGGUAAGGGCGACCUGGUAGGCUGCGACAUAAACGUGCACCUGCAGCAUGGUAACAACGGCGGCGGCACCUCGGGCUCCGGUUCCGUGGACGUGGUCGUGAAGUCCAGCUGCGACGUGAAGGCGUUAACGUACUGCGAUCUCAAGUGCAUACACAUGCAGGGUCUGGUGGAGGUGCUGCGACUUUAUCCGGAGUAUCAGCACGAAUUCGCGCAUGAUAUACAGCACGAUCUUACGUACAACCUGCGUGAGGGAUACGAGGCGGAGCAGGAGUCCGAUGUGAACGGCCCGUCGUUGACACUACCCUCUAUCAGUGAAGACGACGAGAACGCCGUCGAGGAGGGCGAGUCCUCGCCCUUAUCGCCGCCGAAUAAAUCACCGCUUCACACCUCGAGCCCGCGACAUGCCAAAUUCAGGGAGGAUUACAGGGAGGGCCGACGCGCCGGGAGGGGUGUGCUGGUACGAGGCGGCAGGACGGCGCAGGUGAUCGCCCAGGAAUCUAUGGAGGAGCACAUCCGAGGCUCGGUCGAAAGGCUGGAUAAUCAAUUCUCCACGCUGCAUCAGGACGUCGCGACACUCAGCUGCGAGGUGCGCAACGCCAUUCAAGCGUUGCAGAUGCUCGCCUGCUCGCCCCAGAGCAAUCCGAAUCUGCCGACCCCGGCUAGUCGCGGCAGCGGGGUCCUCGCCAGGAGCUCGUCUCAUCCUCCGGACGCAAUUUGCUGGAACCCGCCGACGAGAUUGAUCGACGCAUCGACGCAGACCGACUGGCCGGUCGACCUGUUCGAAGCAUGGGUGCGUGCGAAUCCUCACAGGGUCCUCAAGAUCUUGAAUCUCGAUCCGGACCUGCUCCUGAGGCUACAACCGCCAUCGCCGACGCCGUCGCCGUCUUCGCCCCCGCCGCCCCCGUAUGAACCCUUAUCGCCGUUGGUGGCCACGCCGCAACAGUCGCCGUCGCGAUCUCUAACGACAGGCAACGACAGCUACGUUUUCGAGAUAGCCCGCGACGCUCCGCACAUUCCACGCUUCUGCAGGCCGUCGAAUCCAAGCUGGGACCCCAACAAUAAGCAGUCGCACCGCUUCAGCGCAGGCGACGCCGAGAACGCGUCCUUGUAUCAGGCGCUGCAGUAUCUUCCGGAGUCACGCUCAUUAAAGUUCGAUUCGUACGACAGUUCAGCAGCUGGUAUUUACUACGAGCUCACGGCAUUCCACGGUAGACGGACGAGGCAAACGGACGACAAAGGGGGCAUCGCCGAGUCGAGAACGGAAGCCGCGCGACGAGCUUUCGAUUGACUCCAUCAGGUCUCAUUCUUGUCAGUAAAACGACCUCGCGCAUGUUAUUAAUCUAACGAGUUCGUCGGCGAUCGGUGAAACCGUUCACUCAGUGUGCGAUUGGAAAGGGCAGCGCUCCUUGUUUGAAUCGAACGAAAGAGAAAGGGACAAAGGGAGGAAACGAUGUGCGAUCAGUUCUUCUCUCGACUCUUCGAUUGAUUGAGACUUCAGUUUGGUGACCUUACGCUCUCAUCGCUUCUGGCGAAUCUCUUUUGAACGACGUUGCUUUGCGAUCGCGGUCGCGCGGGGAUUUACAACAGAACAAAAUAGAAUGAGAUCAUCUGGGACAGAAUAAAACUUGACGCGAGGAAUCAACGACACUUCGUAAUUAUAAAGUUUGAAUCUGACUGGCGACAAUGACGACGACAAUGACGACGACUAGGACAUAUUCGGAGGUCGCAGGAUUCGCAUUGUUUCGAGCCACGGCGCACGUUGCGCAUGCAAAUGCGGGCCUGUGACAAUCGCUCGUUUAUGCGACAGUAGAUGUAAAUUAACGUUUACGUUUCCUUUCCUCGACAAUGUUAAUUCGUGAUCUGGUUGUAUCGCUUAACUCUCGAACGUAUCUUUGGGCUUGCGAAUUGCGACUCGCGAAAUUGCCCGCACUCCGCGGACGCGGCCGAUUUACGCCGAUUGGAUAGUCAAACGGAUCGAAUUAAGACUGAUACGCUCGUACACAGAGACGUAAUAUGCAUAUCAAAACGCACGUGGCUUCCGCUCUCAAGCGGAGGCAAAAUGAAAUACUGAAUUAAUAAAAAUCUUUCCAAUAACUUUUUUGCUGCGCGCGAUUUAAAAAUAUCAAGAUAUUUCCAAUGAUAUAUCAGCAUCUCAUUUAUGAAAACACAUAAUUCUUUACUCAUCCCUCAUUAUUCCGCGAACAAAAUGUAUUAGCAAGAGAUCCAAAAGUUCAAUAAUCGCGAAAUAAGCAAGCGAAAUUGAUUUUGCGAUGAGUGAAAUAUUAUAGCAGGCGCUCGCGAAAGCGCGUGUACUUAUUUUGCAUAUUAUUGGCUUGACAGAUAAAUCAUUUUGCGAACGUGGAAUCAGACAAUAUCUGCAAGCUAACGGAAGAAAAUAAAUAAUAGUGGACAAUUUGAUCAAAUAUAGCGCGAUUUAUUUUGUUGCUCAAAUAGAUGAGUAGGAAUCAACAAAUUCGUCACAGAAAUAUAACCUUUCGAAAAAUUCAAUAAAAUUCCGCAAGCCUUCCUAAUAUUGAUAUUCCGUCUACUGCAAUUCUCCUCGGCAAAUUUUUUCGGUGUUCACUUCGCGAUCGAGAUAUAUAUAUAUAUAUAUAUAUAAACAGUGGAUAAAAUAUUAUAUAUAAUAUUACCAUGGAAAUUUUCAACAUCGCAAUAUAUCCCUCGGUAACGCGAAAUACCAUCGAAGUGCCGCGUAUUCGAGAGUUAAGGGAUGCUUCGAAUUAUCCUAGGCAUUCCUCACUGCCAAACAGAAUAAGAUCUGGCUUUAUACAUCCCCUCCCUGCCCCCUGAACCGUUCUUUCGUUCCCGAUGACGAAUUAUUUCACCGAGUAUCGCUACUCGAAUGAAAAGAGGAAGAAAGGAAAACUGAGAGAGGAGAAACGUAUUCUCUCGCUUGUAUCAUUCCACGCGCGUUAUCCUUUCAUCCGGUUCCAAGUUUACACACGUUCGUGGAUUAGAACGUUAUUAGUACGCUCCGGACGAGAAAUAAAGGAGAAGACUAUCCGAGAGCAUCAAGAUCUUACAAUUCGCUUCUGCAAACGCCGUCUACGUGCGAUAAUUGUAUUCUAACGUUUUCUACUUAAACGUCAAAUACGACGACACAUGCCAUUUCCUUUUCGCUAGGUAGUUAUGAGCGCUCGGUGCUUGAUGAAAAAGGGAAAAAGAAAAAAAAAUAUAACGCAGAAAAGGACCUUGGUCUUCGCUGAUAAUGAGACGCAUUAAUCGUUAUGUUGCAUGUCUCCGCCGCUUCAGGACAGAGAGUGAGUGAGUGAGAGAGAGAGAGAGAGAGAGAGAGAGAGAGAGAGAAAGAGAGAGAGAGAGAGAGAGAGAAGCGAUUCCACGUGUGGUAUUAUAUUAUUCGCGCCAAUCGACUCGUUAAAUCCGAGAGGGGCUCUAGGAGUAGCAAUAAUGUGCACGACACAUUCUCGAUGUACACCGUCUACGUCCAAUCUAGAAUGUAGAGUUCGUUUUUAAGUACGAGAUACAGUACAUACGUAGAUACAGACGAGACAUUAGAGCAUAAUUUAUAGUAUGGCACGUCGUCGCGCGGCAAGGGACGACGAUAAUUUCGUGUAAGAGUAGGUGGAAGAGGAGGGGAAGAAAAGGAGGUGGAUGUAAUUCCCGGCGUUCUGGGUGUGGGUGUGCGUGUGUGGGUAGGCAGGUGUGGAUGUGUACGUGUGCGCGUUUACGGAGUAAAAUGAAAGUUCAAGUCUACAUUCGUUGGAUAUCUGUGUCCACUACAAAAGCUGUGUCACGACGAUCUUGUCUGUCCGACGGUAUUACUAUAUGUAGGCUACUUCUCAGAUCAAUCGGACGUGUACAUAUACAUACAUAUGUGAGGGGAGGGACGGGGAGAGGGAUGCGGCGUGUUGCAGAGACGAUGAUAUGUGAUAAGGCACGGCUUUGGCCAUGCACAACUGCGUUCGUUCGACUCACGUCGGUAUUUGCGAAGGAUUCAACGCGUGUCGUGUCGUUCCGCAACGCACAGGGCGAUGCCCUGUUCUUUUUCGUUGAUUUUUGGAUCGUGAUAUUUUUUAUUGGUUCUCAUACGUAUGAACAAAUUCAUGAUGUGCGCAUCAUAAUCUUGCCGGAGAUUUCUCGCAGGUACACGAUACUGGUAACUUCUUAUUUAUUGGUGAUUUUUCUUUAUUUAUUCAGUAGUCGAAUCUUACGGGGACUGACAAAAUUUGUUGAAUCGGCAUUGAUUUCAUUAGAUGCUGAGUCAUUUUAUAGACGAAGACAAUUAAUGAUUGAGAAAUGGCGAGAAAAAGUGGUAAGUAAUGAAGGAAGAUACUUUGAUCGAACAUGGCAUUUCAUCGCUAUUAAUGAGACAAAUACGGCUAAAACUACAACCUUUGCGAACCAUUAAUAAUAUCGAAAUUUAUCCGAUAUAUUCCUCGCUCCGUGUUUUACCAUUAUCAGCAUUAUUUCGCGUGAUGGAAAAUUAACGAUUAGUAACAGCGAUAGAGAUGAAAGCUCGUUAAACGCGUGAUUGCAAGACGAAAGCGUUCUCGCAAAUACCGACGGGGCCAGCUGUUUUAUAAAUAUUUCAUAUAUUUUGUUAUACUGUUUCUAUGCUCCUCGCGCAAUUAUAAUUCAAACUAAGUGUAUUAUAAAGCAUUAUAUAUCUAACACUCCUCUCACACACGACUUCUAUAUAACUUUUUACACACUUCUAUACACACCGGGCCGCGGUGAGAGCGAGUAGCGCGACUCUCCCGAAUAUUCUAUAUAUACAUAUAUACAUAAAUAAAUAAAUAAAUAAAUAUAUAUAUAUAUACACUUCGUAAGAUAAGGUUAAGAGUAAGCACAAAUAUAAUAAAAUGAUAUAUUCUUCCUAAUAUAUUAUUAUAUCCGCUCAUAAAGAAGAGUCAUAAGGAUCUCCUCUAGGGAGAAUUUUACGCGAGAUCUUAUGAGUCGGUCAAUGUGCAUUAUGUCCUCAACAACCGGCCGAUCAACAGCGUAUGCAAGUUGGACGAACAACGUAACGGCGACGCUGUGCUCUUCGCGUUAAUCCCUUACCGCGUAGUUAAUUCUCCGCCGUGAAAGACUCGCGCUCUGACGCGAGCCGCGUUAAAAGUACAAGAAUAGAUUAAAACGGAUUACUCUCGCUGUUCUACCUCUUUAAUGGAAAAGAAAGGAGAAAACGUAUAUAAUUUAAUCGGCAAUAAAUAAAUACGGCGGAUCUCAUUGCUGGACCGAGAUCGCUCCGCCACGGAACGACGGGGGUGGGUUCGAUUUUCCGAAAUUAAUUUCGGGGAAUUUUGAUUAACGAGGAAGCGAGUGAGCUGUGCUCGGGGAAAUUUCUUGGAGGAACAAAAAUUAUAAGGAUCUUAUAUAUAUGAGGAAGAUUUUAGUAAUUCGCGAGGUUUCGGAAAAUUGGGAUCUCCGCAAAAAAGGAGAAAGUAUGUUAUUUUUA